AUAAAAACAGAGACAAAGACAGAGGGACGCAGAGACAGACAGACAAACAGGGACAGAGACAACAACAGAGAGACAAAGAUAGAGGGACAUAGAGACAGACAGAGCCUAACUCUUAGGGGCAGCGAUAAAGACAUAGACAGACAGAAGGAGACAGAUGGAGGCAGAGACUCGAGAGUGGAGGGGAGUUUCAAUGACAGCGCCGUGCGUGUGCCCGCGCGCCCGUGGCGCGUUCUCGCGGGUGCCGUGCGUGUGCCCGCGCAACUGUGCGGGUUCCCGUGUCUUUCAGGCUGCUCCAUGGCGAUGUCCCCGGGCCCGGGCGGCGCGGGGCCGCUUUUGGCGAUUCUCCUCAUCCUCGGAGCCGUGUCUGCAGACAAUGACUGUUUGUGGUACACAGAUAAACAGGGAAACUGGCACAUUGGUUUUGACUGCUCAUUCUUUCAGUUCUGCUGUGGAAACUGCACUUACCGCUAUUGUUGCCUGGAUCCAAUGCAGCUCAUCACUGAGAAACAACAGAAGUAUUGUAUGUCCAUGCACCUCAGUUCCACCACGAUUGCUGGAAUUGCCUCUGCGGUCCUCCUAUUCAUUGUCAUCGUUGGGAUUCUGGUUUGUUGUUUCUUGUGUUCCUGCUGUUACCUGUACCGUCGGCGACAACAGAUGAGGCUCCCCUUCACAGGUCACAGGGAGGAGACUCGCAGUUUCCCAAUGCAGCCGGCCAAUCCGUCGAACAUGCCCUCUGGUGUAUACCCUCCGUAUCCAACAGCUCCUGCCUACGGUGUUCCAGUGAUGCACAACUACCCGAUGCAGCCAGGCUAUGCUGCCAACACACAUGCGGCAUCUUAUCACCCAUACCCACCAGCUCCAGCCUACAAUGCUGCAAGUGCUCCCCCGUACACCUCAUCGUAGCUGGAAUGAAGAACAAAUGUCAGACCCUGUCCGUAUACUUCCCAGCUCCAGUCUGUAGUUAACUGGGGCACUGAAGUUUUGUUUGAUAGGACCCUGUUAACUGGAAAACACCAUUUGCAUGAGUGCAUAUAUUCUUUGUUUUCUGAAGCUUUUAAUUUUGAAAUUCAAAUUAUGCUGAGUAUUAUUUUCCACCCUUACUAAGCUGAAAGUUUAUCUGAAUUGUUUAUUUAUAUAUGGCUGUUAUUUCACCCUGUGCCAUCGUGCUCUUUCAAUAGAAUCUGCAGAAAUACUGCUGGGUUCUGCCGUUUCACACAGUCUGUUGUUCACGGUUAAUUUCAGUGUAAUAAUAUCAGCGUUAUUUGGAUGAAAGAAAGUAUUAACAUGUUUGAAGGAAUGCAGCUCUGAUGUGAACUAUGUUAUAAAAGGGUUCACUCAAAGUGUAAUUUGGCUGCAUGAUUGAUCACCGGGUGAGGCCCAUGGUCUGUGAGAGAGAGAUGGUGGCUGUGAAUGCAGGAGGAGUGGAUGUCUGUGUGUGUGAGUGUGCUUGUGCCAGGGUCUGCAUGUGUAUCAACAAGUGUGUCUAUGUGUGUGUCUCUGUCAGGGUCUGUGUUUGUAAGUGCAUCUCUGUAAGGAUCUGUGUCUGUGUGUGUAGGUUUGUCUGAGUUGGGGUCUAUGUGUGUGCAAGUAUGUCUACAUCUGUGUGUGUGCCUGAUUUGGGGUCUGUGUCAGUGUGUGUUGAGUGUGCCUGUGUCACGGUGUGUGCGUUGAGUGUGUCUCUGUCGGGGUCUGUGUCUGUGUGUAAGUGUGUCAGUGUCAGGGUCUAUGUGUGUAAGUAUGUCCAUGUCUGUCUCUUUCUGUCUCUUUGUGUCUGUGUGUUCAUUCCACAAUCCACUCCAGUACUUUUUGUUGCUGUAACCCCAUGGAAAGGCUUGAAAAUGAUCCUGACCCCUCAGUGAGAACUGUGAUAAUGGCAUGGGGGAUCACUGUGAGAGUGGGGAGUAGGGUGGCAGUGAGGACACAAGACAGACAGGCAGUGCAGCUCUUUAAACUCAGUAGGAGCAUGCUGACUCACAAUAUUCAACCCCAAAAUUUCAACUUUCAGCCCCACUUGAGAUCCUAAUCUCACUUUUGAAAGCUCAGCUUUUCUCCCUGGUCACUGACUAUUAUGUGUCCCUGAUGUAUGUAUGUCUGCUAGCUGAGCAUCUGUGUAUGUGGGAGACAUGUUUGCACGACAUGUGUGUGCAAUGUAAUAGUUGUUGUACGAUUGUCAACGAGAGUCAGGAUCUGCACGUGAGAGUCAGGUUUGUGUGUGUGUGUGUGUGUGUGAGUGUGAGAGAGAGAGAGACAGUGAGUCUGGGGGGGGUGUGUGUGUGUGUGAGAAAGAGAGAGUCUGGGGUGUGUGUCAGAGAGUUGGGUUUGUGUCCGUGCAUAAGAGAGAGUCAGGGGUGUGUGUGUGCGUCAAGAGUCUGGGGGUUGUGAGUGUAUGUGUGAGACUAGGGAUGUGUGUGUGUGUGUGAGAGAGUCGGGUAUGUGUCUGUUUUGAGUCUGGGGUGAGUGUAUGUGUGGGGGUGUAUGUAUGUGUGUGUUUGGGAGAGAGUAUAUGUGUGUGUGUAAGUCAGGACUAUGAGUAUGUAUGAGAGAUGGGUGUGUAUGUGCGUGUGUGAGAGACUUUUUUUUUAAAUUUGGUUAUGGAAUACAGGCAUUACUCACUGGGCCAUCCCAGAGGGCAGUUAAGAGUUUACCACAUUAGUGCGGGUCUCGAGUCAGAUGUAGACCAGACCAGGUAAGGAUGGUAACUUCCUUCCCUAAAGAACAUUAGUGAACCAGAUGGGUUUUUCCAACAAUUGACAAUGAUUCACAGU